UUCUGUGGAAUCAGGUCGUCAGAAGCGGAGGUGUACGCACGAGAGUGGGGCGUGAAAUGCACGUCGUGUAUAAGAGAUCACAUUAUUACGCAUCCUGGUAGUGUGCUCCUUAAUUGCAUUAGAUCCACAUCCCUUUGUCGACUCUCGACAAUGGCGUUACCGCGGUUCUUUUGCACUGUUAUUCUUUUUAUAGGCAUAACAUCAGUGAGAACGUACUCUGUUUCAUACGAUGGCAUUCACCUGGCAUUUUCUAACACUCCACGAUUGAUAUACACAGAAUCUGAGUCUAAUCCUGCUUUCAGCGGCUACUCCUAUGCAACUCAGGAUUUAAAUGGUGGCGAAAGUAAUGUUGUUUUUACAAUCGGUGCUGAUUCUCUGAGCAGAUUGCAACAUGAAAUGGAUUCGAUGAAACUGUCAAGAAGAAAUAUGUUGGAGAAAACUCAAGAGACUUUAAUGUCUUCAGAACAACCAUCUAAGCCUGAAGAAAUGAGUAUGAAUAUACAGAAAGAUUUUAACUUGAGUCCUGAAAAUUUCAGAGGAGAGAAGAAAUUAUCAAAGAACUUUCAAGCGAAUGAUAAUUUUGUUGAACACCAAGUACCUCUUCAGCAAACCUCCUUUGUGGGUUUACCGUAUCCUGCAUUCAGAACAAAUUUACUGAACUUUCCAACCGUGCUUCCAAGAUAUCACGUGACACCAAGUGUGAUACAAAGUUAUCCUCAUGAUCUCUAUUCCCAGUUAAGACUACCAUUGCAGAAUUUUAAUCUUUACAAUCCCUCUGUGCCAUUAUUUUAUCGAGCAGCAAUCACGAUUCCUAGCAAUAGCAAUGAACAUACAUCAACAGCUACUCAAGGUACAAGAAUUUCUCUGAAAUUAAAUGAUAUUGAAAGCUCACAAACUAAUGCUACCGCCUCUGAAUCCAACUCUAUAGAAUCCAGUAAAAUAGAAUCAAGAUCCAAUCUGGGAUUAAUGAUAGAUAAAGUUGAUGAAACGUCAACCAAAUCUGCUAUCUCCACAGACCAACUGGAAUUCAUGACUACAUCUAAGAAAGUAGAAGAAGAAAUUACAAGUAGUAAUCUUGUAAAUCUUGCAAUGACAUCUGAAAGUUCUGUUGAACCAACUAUGAAGGAUGAAACAAAUACUACUGAACUUGCAAAUACUGAAACAAAUCCUUUGAUGGAGAACUCAACUAUGGCAACAUCUAAAACAUAAGUAUAAAGACGUGAAAAUAAAAAAUUAAAAUUGACUGUAUUCUGUACCUUCUGACAAUUACAUUAAUAAUAAUAGAAUUUUGAAUAAAAUGUA